CAUCUUUGCUUUGAUUAUGCUAUGGUUAUGUUUUAUGUUAAAUUUAUUUCAUUAUAUUUAAAAAUUAAUAUCUGUGAUAUUUUCAAUAAUAAAAGUCAUGAAUAAGAGUGUCCUUCAAAAGUGUUUCCAAUUCAAGUUUAUUUCAAGGAGUUUUUAUAACAAGAAGUAUGAUGUUGCAAUAGUUGGGGGAGGUAUAGUAGGAACAUCAUUGGCACAAGAAAUUUUGAAAAGAAAUCCAAACUUGAAAUGCAUUAUUCUAGAGAAAGAGGAAAAUUUAGCACUGCAUCAGACAGGUAGAAACAGUGGUGUUAUUCAUGCAGGAAUAUACUAUCAGCCUGGAACACUUAAAGCAAUUCUGUGUGUAAGAGGGCAAGAAUUGCUUUACAAAUAUUGCGAUGAAUACAAGAUUCCUUAUAAAAAAGUUGGAAAGCUCAUUGUUGCAACUUCUUUAGCCGAAGUGGAAAGACUGAAAGGCUUGUUCAAUAGAGGAAUUCAAAAUGGUGUCACAGGAUUGUCUAUGAUAUCUAAAGAUAAUAUUAAGCAAAUAGAACCUCAUUGUGAAGGAUUUAUGGCACUUCAUUCUCCCAACACUGGCAUUGUUGACUAUGGUCUUGUGACUAAAGCGUUUGCAAAAAGUUUCACAUCAAGGCAAGGAACAAUUGCAUUUAACUUUCAGGUGGAAAAUAUUAUCCAUUCAAUUGAAGAUUCUAUGUAUCCUGUUAAAGUGAUUGGAAAAAAUCAGCCUUCAGUUUUGUGUCGCUAUGUAAUUACUUGUGGCGGAUUAUAUUCCGAUCGAUUAGCUAGAAUGACAGCAUGCAGCAAAGAACCUGGAAUUGUUCCUUUUAGAGGAGAUUAUUUGUUGCUGAAACAAAAUAAAAGACAUUUAGUAAAUGGAAAUAUUUAUCCAGUUCCAGACCCUCGAUUUCCAUUUCUUGGAGUUCAUUUUACACCAAGAAUGGAUGGAAAUAUUUGGUUAGGACCAAAUGCUAUUCUGGCAUUUAGUCGCCAAGGAUACAAUCUCACAGAUUUUAGUAUGAAAGACUCAUUUGAGACUUUUACAAAUAGAGGAUUUUGGAAACUUAUGAAAAAGCAUUGGAAAUUUGCAAGUCAAGAACUUUAUGAGGGAUUUUUUAUCAAAAAAACAGUGCAAAAGUUACAAAACUUCAUUCCUGAGUUGACAACAGAUGACGUUGAAAGGGGUCCAUCUGGAGUUCGUGCACAGGCUUUAGCUGUAGAUGGUAAUUUAGUUGAUGAUUUUGUAUUUGAUUUUGGAAAAAGUGAAUUAGGUCAACGCUGUUUGCAUGUUAGAAAUGCUCCUUCUCCUGCUGCAACAUCAUCGUUAGCAAUAGCUGAAGUAAUUGCUGAUAAAUUUGAACAAAUAUAUAAUGAAUAAUUUUUUUGA